AUGUUUUUUGCAACUCAACCUCAAAAAGAUAAUAUUAAAAGUUAUGUUUUGAACUUACAACAAUACUAUUGUGGAAUUGAAUUAACUGAAUCUUCUCAAUCAAAAAACCAAUCAAUUGAAGUAAAAAUAAAACUUGAUUCAUCACUAAAACAAAACGUUAUUUAUUCAUACACAGACUCAGUCAGAAACGUAUCACUUAAAUUUCAUUUAACUGUCUUAGAUCAUCCUGACUUUUUUAUUGACCCAGAAAAUGAUUCUAAUUUAAUGUGUACAAGAGAAAUUAGUUUAGAAGAUAUAACAGCAAACAACAUUUCGAUUGAUUAUUUUGAUGGACAAGUCUUAGAUAUUCCUCUUUCUCAACUUACCUCUGAUCAUUAUAUUUUCCCUUCACUUGGAUUAUUAAAACAACAAAAUAGUGAAGAACGUGGUGAUUUUAUUGUUAAACUUAACAUACCUAACUCAAAUGUUUCUGAAGCUUUGAUUCAAUUUUUAAAAGAUAAUGAUUUUCCUUAUGACUGGAUUGCUUCAAUCCCUAUACCAAUACAAAACGAUAUUGAAAAUGAAAAUUUACACCUUUUAACAUUACAAAAUCUCUUAUUAGAGAAAAAGAAAUUCUUAGAAAAUAAAGAACAACUUCUUCUUCAAAUUCAAGGUUCACCUACAAUAAAUUAA